AUGCCUGUACGCUGGAUCCCAACAUCUCGCCGAGAUCCGGGCUACGACUUUCGGCAUGAACUUGGUGCUUCUCAUCAUGAAGGGGCAUACAGCCAUCCAGCUCAAGCUCACCAUCCCCGAACCACUGGAGGAACUAAUCAUCAAGAUCAUCAUGGCAUGUCACCUCAUCCUCUGGCAAGGCAUGGACCUGUUGCAGGAGGAAGACCACAUGCUGGAGCUGUAGGUCAUUUCUCGCCUCACCAUGACCCUCAUCCCAUCAGGGAAGGUGAGAUUAGUCUAAUGCAGCAUCGGGUCAUCCCCGAUCAUCCGCACCUACCGGUGAUACAUCCUCAGCAUGACAUUCAAGUCCAUGGUAUUGCUCCUCCUCAUCCACAUCCGCAAAAUCAUCCCCUGGAUCCAUCUCAUCCCCAUGGUAACGCUGUACCUCCUCCUCCUCCCGCCGGCCACCCUCAUCCGUCGUCUCACCUUCAGCAUGGUCAUUCUGCACCCCACCAUGACCCACCUCAACAUCAUGACGCACCGUUGGAUCACCAUCCCGAUAUCCAUUCCUACCAUCCAACUGCAUCCCACUCAAGCUCAGUUCCUGUGUAUCAAGCAGCUACCACUCCACACGACCACGCCCAUCUUAGAGGUUUUCCAGAACACGAGGGAGGGACAACCAGCUAUCUGCAUCAUCCAACCAAUAUGCACCCUUACCACCACUCUAACCACCAUCUCUACUCCCCUCAUCACCAGCCGGGGGUUUAUCCAAGUCACCAUGAUUCCUCUCAUCAUCCAAGCCCAACCCAUCCCAACCUUAUCACCCAUCAUUACCACCCCUUCUACACCUCUCAUCACGUGUUGAAUCCCGAUAUGGCAUAUCCUCUUACACCUCUCUAUCACCACGGGCACGCAUCUCACUAUCCCUACCAACACCUGCAUCCAUGGAUGGUUGGGACAACUGGUAGAAAUAUCUAUCAUAUGGAUCCGCAUCACCUCUACCAGAAGGACCACACUGGAUAUGUCUCUCAUUAUCAUAUCCAUACUCAUCGUCAUCAUUUCGACAAGGAAGCGGUCAACAUUGAUGAGAUGCCAACUCACACCCAUCACCAUGCUGGCUUGGAUAGGAGCCACGCCCACCAUGCCUCCCAUCCUGAUCACCACCAGCACCAUGGCUUGCAUCGCCAGGGCGCUUUCUAUGUCCACCAUCAUGAAUCCCACGUCGACCACCACGACGAUUACGAUUCACCGGAUGGCGCAGCUUCAUCUCGUCACCAUCAAGAUCAUCAUCGUCAUCAUCCUCAGAGUCAGGAAGAUGGACAUCGCUGUGGAGAGGUCAGCUUCGGAACCGACGCAACCAAGUUCCAUGUCACGGUUCCUCUCAAACCAGGCUUCAAGCCAGACGACGUCAUCAUCAACGUGCAGCUUCAUGGCGAUAGGGAUCUCCAUGUCGAGUUUCGACACGACCACCACGAUCCUCGAGUCCAAACGAGCCGCAUCCUCCGCCACAUCAUAGCCUUACCUGACCAUGUCGACAUCGACAGCUUGAGAUCAACAUUGAACCACCAUGGGUCCCUCAUCAUUGAUGGUGCCAUCAAGACGGAAACGAAUACGACACCGUGCCAUAACAUUGACGUUGAGGUCAUCGAGCAUCGAGAAGAAUAUGCCGCUGGUGGUAAUGAACCAGAUGCAACUUGUGAGCAGCAAAAAGGAAAUUUAGAAGAAAAUAAGUAA